UCCGUUUUCUCUCUCCUCAUCUCUCUCUUAAUCCAAACGAAACCCUAAAAGCCCUCUCGUUUCUUUUCUCAGAUCUCAUCCCCUUCCCUAUAAAAGAAUCCAAGAUUUAAAUCUCUCCCUCUAUAAAUCGAAUGCUUUCUCAAUUUCCCGCUCAAACCUAACGUUCUAGUCUCCGAUCUCUCUCAAACCUAAGAUUUGAACUUGAAUCGGUCGAAUUUGGUACUAUUUUGAGCGAAAUCGUUAGAUCUGGCCUCAAUCUUCCUUUAUUUUGGUCUAAUCGCUUUGAAAACCAUAGAAACUGCUUAAAAUUGGAGUAAUAAGUGGAAUAAUAAAAGAAACGUUGUAAUUUGGGGGCUUUUUGAGAUAAUUUAUCUAAAUAUCUGGGAGCUUAAAGUAGAUGGCAGAUCAGGUGUUGGAAGGGAGCCAGCCUGUUGAUCUCUCAAAGCAUCCAUCAGGAAUUGUUCCUACGCUGCAGAAUAUUGUUUCAACUGUAAAUUUGGACUGCAAAUUGGACCUUAAAUCCAUUGCUUUGCAAGCCCGUAAUGCAGAAUACAACCCGAAGCGUUUUGCUGCAGUUAUCAUGAGGAUAAGAGAACCAAAGACCACAGCGCUGAUUUUUGCAUCAGGGAAAAUGGUUUGUACUGGGGCAAAGAGUGAACAGCAAUCAAAACUCGCAGCUCGGAAGUAUGCUCGUAUCAUUCAAAAGCUUGGUUUUCAAGCUAGUUUUAAGGAUUUCAAGAUCCAAAACAUUGUUGGUUCAUGUGAUGUCAAAUUUCCCAUAAGACUCGAAGGUCUUGCAUACUCCCAUGGCGCUUUCUCUAGCUACGAGCCAGAACUCUUUCCUGGCCUAAUAUAUCGCAUGAAACAGCCAAAGAUUGUGCUUCUCAUAUUUGUUUCAGGCAAAAUUGUUCUUACAGGAGCUAAGGUGAGAGAGGAGACCUAUGCGGCUUUUGAGAAUAUAUAUCCAGUGCUUACAGAAUUCAGGAAAAGCCAGCAGUGAUAAUUGAAUGGAAGCCGGUUGUUGUGAGGAGUCCUCUCUGUUUUUCUGUUUCUGCCGAUGCUGAACUCUCAAUUGUAAAUAAUAAUCUGGGAAGAAUGUGAGAGUUGGGUUUUGGGAAACAAUGUCGGUGCAUAUUUGCUGAGUUUUGUACCUGGAUUUCAGAUGUUCUAUCCGAUAAAUGUUUUGAAGCCUUUCUUGUCUGAAUGCCCCGGGACAGUGAUAGACGUAAUAUUGUUGUCUGUUGGACUGGACUUUACCUUUAAUAAUUUGGUAUAGAUAGUGGACCGUCGAGGUUUAACAACUGCCCAUUUUCUUAAUGCAAUUAUGUUGCGCA